AUGCACAACUCGCGUACCGGUCUAUUCGUGGGUCCUCGUGUUUUGUGCUUACUGCGUUUUGUGUUCCAAGAAGUUUUCGUUAAGCAAUUGGGGAAAACUGCUAUUUCGAGCCACAUUUCGAGUAAGAAGCAUCAGGCUGCUACCAAAUUGCUUCAAAGCGGCUCGCAAACAAAUGUUUUGUCGUUUUUCACAACGAAUGUGGCCUCCUCCCCUUCGACUUCAACGAAUGUUUCGUUCCGAAUGGGUACCGACGCCACAAGCGCUCCUGUGACACUUCCAGUUGUCGCACCCACCGGGAAGUCCUCGACGGUUGGGACUGGCUUUGUUCUGAAGGAUGAUGUCACAAAGGCGGAGAUUAUGUGGUGCUUGAAUGUGAUUAUGACUCAGGGAUCCUUUCGUUCUGCGGCAGCGUCUGCCGCGCUUUUUCCUUUGAUGUUUCCCGCAAGCGAGAUCGCUAGAAAAAUGCAAUUGGGAAAAGACAAAGUCGGCUAUACCGUUUGCCAUGGUCUUGCCCCCUACUUCCGAGAGAAGCUACUGUCAAUCCUUGCUGGGGUGUCGUACCUGGUGGUUUCAUUUGACGAGUCGCUAAACAAAGUCAGUCAGAAGGAGCAACUGGACGUGAUGGUUAGGUACUGGGCACCAACUGAUGCCACUGUACGAACUCAGUACCUAACCUCGUGCUUUUUGGGACAUAUCUGCGCAGAAGACCUGGCAUCAGCUUUCAGAAAGGCCACUGAAGACGUCAAAAAGGCAAAGAUACUGCAAGUGUCAAUGGACGGGCUAAAUGUAAACAUAAAGUUUCUGAGGUCGCUCAAGGAAGAAAGAACUGCGAGACUCUGA